UGAGUUUAGGAAACUUCUCUGUUCCUCUCUAAACUUGCAUUUCCUAUAUCUGUAAACCUGCACUUCCUCCCAUUUUAUGAAAACGUUGUUUUUCAUAAAAUGUUCUGUCAAAUACAAUUUUACAUUAAGUUAUCAUGCCUGAUUUGAAGUAACCUAACAGUUUGUAGACCUUUUCGUACACAGAGUUGCUGGAGACUUGGCUCUGUGUUUGAACUACAGGCUUUUGUUUUCAUCAGAUUCUAGCCAUGAUAAUACAGAGGUAGGCAGCAACUCUUGAGAUAGAGGGAGGGAAGAUGUGGGUGACUUUAGUGGUUAUAAAUAAUUUAUAAAUGAUUUCCUUUAUGAGUGUGUAAGCAAACGAUUAAGAAGAUUACUUCAUGGAGCAUACAAGACACGAGAAACACAUUUCCAUUCCAACCAUCACUUUGAGGAAGACAUCAACUCUUGACACAGAGGGAGGGAACAAUGGUGUUGGUGGACUUUUGGAAUACUGCUGAACUCUGACCUCUACAGUCAGCAACCGGUAGUCUGAAGAUGAAUGUCGUACUCCUUCACUACAAUUACACUGGGAAGCUGGGAAACCAGCAGAUGACUCCCACUAAUAAUGUGGACUUUCAAAGAAUCGUCUCCCUCAUCGUUUCCCUCAUCGUUGUGGAGAACCUCACCGUCCUGGUGGCCAUAUGGAGGAACCACAGGUUCCACAACCGGAUGUACUUCUUCAUUGGGAACCUGGCACUGUGUGAUCUGCUGGCUGGAGUCUUCUACAUGGUCAACUUGCUCCUCUCUGGGGAUAAGACGUUUGAUCUCUCACCGACUCUGUGGUUUAUUAGAGAGGGCAGCACAUUUGUAGCACUCAGUGCCUCCAUCUUCAGUCUUUUGGCCAUUGCCAUAGAGAGACACCUGACUAUGAUCAAAAUGAGACCUUAUGAUGCCAACAAGAACUACAGAGUGUUUCUGCUUAUAGGGACCUCCUGGCUGAUUGCUGUGAUCCUGGGAGCUUUACCCAUCUUGGGUUGGAACUGCAUUGACAACCUCCCAGACUGUUCCACAGUCCUGUCUCUUUACAGCAAGAAAUAUGUAGCUUUCUACAUCACAGUUUUCAUAAUCCUGCUUUUAGCCAUGUCAGUCCUUUAUGCUCGCAUCUACAUCCUGGUAAAAUCCAGCAGCCGAAAGGUGAGUAAGCACAGCAACUCUGAGCACGCUAUGUCCCUUCUGCGCACCGUCAUUAUUGUAGUUGGAGUCUUCAUCGCCUGCUGGACACCCCUCUUCAUCCUGCUCCUGGUGGAUGUGGCGUCUGAGCAGCACUUUCCAGUCCUCUACCAGGCUGACUGGUUUAUAGCACUGGCUGUGCUCAACUCGGCCAUGAACCCAGUCAUCUACACUCUGGUCAGUCGCGAGAUGAGACGGGCCUUCCUGGCUCUGGUUUGUGGCGUUUGCUACAAGAUGAAGACUUUUUGUGGACGGCGGUGGGAACAGGCAGUUCCGGGAGCCCAGGCAAAUCUGGAAGAAAUCAUGGAGUAGCCAAAACAACCAAAACCAGAAUGAACAGAGGGGUUUGGAGACAGACACACAUCCCAGUGAGGUCUCACAGAUGUCUGGAAUUAGAGUACCCUCAGAAGGGGAAUCGGGACCAUGGAAAAGACUGAAAAAAAGGUGCAAGUUAUCUAGAAUUAGGAACAAGCUUUUUUUCCUUCUCUUGGUGGAUGUGUCAGCACUGCCUAGACCUCUCCAAGCCCGACUGGUUUGCUGGACUUGCUGUGGUCAACCCUACACUUUGGUCAGGAAAUUCAGAUGGGAAUUUUCUGGCACUUUUUUGUGGCAUUUGCUGCAAUUCUUUGGUUACUAACAAAUGCUUCAACAGCAUGAGCUUAUCUAAAGUAGCCAUAUAUGGUUUUUAUAUGAAAGCACAUCUGCUACUUAGGGAAAAUGUGUUUAAAAAAUGCCAAAAGCUGCAUCUGACACCAAAGGAAAAGAAUCCUAGUCGUAGUAAACACAAGAGAGAUUAUACACAUUCACAAUUUUAUUGCCAAACAGUCAUACAGAAUAAUGACAAACCCAUACAACUAAAAGAUUAAACAUCUGUAAACAUCA